AUGUCCAUAGACGUUAACUGGGGGACAGCCACCUCUGGUCCGGACGGUGAAGCUCUGGCAGAGCGUAUCCGCUCCUUCAUCCACGACAAGUUCCAGCAGGUGGCCCUCCCACGCUUUAUCCGUUCUGUACAGGUCCAUUCCUUCGAUUUUGGUACCAUACCACCUGAUCUGGAGAUCAAAGAUUUCUGUGAACCGUUCGCAGACUUCUACGAGGAGGAUGAAGACGAUGAAGCAUCCGAUUUGUCCGAAGACCUUGUAUCGGAGCCAGACAGCCAAUGGGCCAGGACAAAUUCAGGGCUCAGCGAGUCCCCAUUUCGAGAUGAUCUGCCCAUGAACCAUCCGCUGCGAGACCCAUUCGAACACGACUACCGACUCUCGCCCCUACGAUCUCCAAGGCCUCUGGGCGAGCACCUGAACCCCCAUUUCCUACCCCGCGCUGGAACGCCCGGUAUUCCCGGCGGAACAUCGACUCUUGGCUACCAUCUUAUGUCCCUUGGCGGGCUAUCGGGAACACAAACGCCCCUUGCAGCAGUGGCAGGUGGAACCCCCUUCGCGAGUGGUUGGUCAGAUUCGGGAAUAGGACCCGGAAGCCAGAGUCGACAGUACGCAGCAGCCCAACAACAACACCAGCGCGCAGAACCGGACAUUGAUACUAGCAACUCCGCUUCCCGCCCAUCAACGGCCAACACCCAUCCGUCCCAGGAUGGCGACGCUGCGGUUGGAAACGACCACGGAUCACACCAGGGACAGGACGAGCCUCUAGACCCUUCUCCGGAACAUCCUUUCCAUCUACCAUGCAUGCGAGAGCGUAAACCCGAAGACUUCCAAGUACUCUGCCACGCCAAGUACGCAGGAGACAUACGUCUGUCCUUGACGGCGGAAAUCCUUCUAGACUACCCCAUGCCCAGCUUCGUGGGAUUACCACUGAUGUUGAACGUCACAGGUCUAACCUUUGACGGUGUAGCCGUGAUCGCGUACAUCCGCAAGCGAGUCCAUUUUUGCUUCCUAUCCGCCGAAGAUGCAGAUGCCCUGAUCGGUUCGGAUCAGCAAGAAGGCGGGGGAGGGGCUAGUGGUGGGGAUGCGUCUGCAUCGCAAAAGCGGCAAGGGGGUUUGCUGCAGGAGAUUAGGGUUGAAAGUGAGAUCGGCCGCAAAGAGGACGGGAAGCAGGUUUUGAAGAAUGUUGGCAAAGUGGAACGCUUUGUUCUUGCUCAGGUGCGCCGGAUCUUCGAGGAAGAACUUGUUUAUCCUAGCUUUUGGACAUUCUUGGUUUGA